AGUCGCAGGCCGAGCCCGGCCGAGGAAAAACGAGUGGGCCGAGGCCCCCUGCUCCGUGGCCCUAAGCAGAAGCAGCAGGGUGCGCCCCACCCGGCGGCCAGGCGGAGCGGAAGAUGCCAGCCUCUGCCGCGCGGACCCACCCGGGUCCCGGGCCGCCUCCAGCCUCGCCUUUCCUCCUGCUGCUGGUGGCGGUGCUGAGCGGCCCGGUGUCCGGCCGCGUCCCCCGCUCGGUGCCCAGGACCUCGCUUCCCAUCACCGAGGCUGACUCUUACCUCACUCGGUUCAGCGUCCCUCAGACAUACGAUUACUCUGUUCUUCUUGUGGAUCCUGCUUCCCAUACACUUUAUGUUGGUGCCCGAGACGCCAUCUUCGCUUUAUACCUGCCCUUCUCAGGGGAGAGACCCCGAAGGAUUGACUGGAUGGUGCCUGAGGCCCACAGACAGAACUGUAGGAAGAAAGGCAAGCAGGAGGACGAAUGUCACAAUUUUGUCCAGAUUCUCGCCAUUGCCAAUGCCUCUCACCUCCUCACUUGUGGCACCUUCGCUUUUGAUCCGAAGUGCGGGGUUAUUGCUGUGUCCAGUUUCCAGCAGGUUGAAAGAAUUGAGAGUGGCCGGGGUAAAUGUCCUUUCGAGCCAGCUCAGCGGUCAGCAGCUGUAAUGGCUGGGGGGGUCCUCUAUGCUGCCACUGUGAAAAACUACCUGGGGACAGAGCCGAUUAUCUCCCGGGCAGUGGGUCGUGCUGAGGAUUGGAUUCGGACAGAGACCUUGCCAUCCUGGCUUAACGCUCCAGCUUUUGUCGCAGCCGUGGCCUUGAGGCCAGCCGAGUGGGGGGAUGAAGAUGGAGAUGAUGAAAUCUACUUCUUCUUUACGGAGACUUCCCGAGCAUUUGACUCCUACGAGCGCAUUAAGGUUCCGCGGGUGGCCCGUGUGUGCGCGGGGGACCUUGGGGGCCGGAAGACUCUCCAGCAGAGGUGGACGACAUUUCUGAAGGCUGACUUGCUGUGUCCAGGACCUGAGCAUGGCCGGGCCUCCAGUGUCCUGCAGGACAUGGUCAUUCUUCGAUCUGAGCAUGGAGCUGGGACCCCCAUCUUUUAUGGCAUCUUUUCCUCGCAGUGGGAGGGGGCUGCCAUCUCUGCUGUCUGUGCCUUCCGACCACAAGACAUUCGGACAGUGCUGAACGGUCCCUUCAGAGAGCUGAAACAUGACUGCAACAGGGGACUGCCUGUCAUGGACAAUGAUGUACCCCAGCCCAGACCUGGAGAGUGCAUCACCAAUAACAUGAAACUCCAGCAAUUUGGCUCAUCGCUUUCCCUGCCUGACCGUGUGCUCACCUUCAUCCGGGACCACCCACUCAUGGACAGGCCAGUAUUUCCAGCUGAUGGCCACCCCCUGCUGGUAACUACAGAGACAGCCUAUUGCAGACUUGUGGCGCACAGGGUGACCAGCCUCUCAGGGAAAGAGUAUGAUGUGCUCUACCUGGGGACAGAGGAUGGACACCUCCACCGAGCUGUGCGGAUUGGAGCCAAGCUCAGUGUCCUCGAGGAUCUGGCCUUAUUCCCAGAGCCACAGCCAGUUGAGAGUAUGAAAUUGUAUCAAAGCUGGCUCCUGGUUGGCUCCCGUACUGAGGUGACACAAGUGAACACAACCAAUUGUGGCCGUCUUCAGAGCUGCUCAGAGUGCAUCCUGGCCCAAGACCCUGUCUGUGCCUGGAACUUCCAGCUAGAUGCAUGUGUGGCCCAUGCUGGGGAGCAUGGAGGGCUGGUCCAAGACAUAGAGUCAGCAGAUGUCUCUUCUUUGUGCCCUAAAGAGCCCGGAGAACACCCAGUAGUGUUUGAAGUUCCUGUAGCGACAGCUGCGCAUGUGGUCUUGCCAUGUUCCCCAAGCUCAGCCUGGGCAUCCUGUGUAUGGCACCAGCCCAGUGGAGUGACUGCACUUACCCCCCGGCGCGAUGGCCUAGAGGUGGUGGUAACCCCAGGGGCCAUGGGUGCUUAUGCCUGUGAAUGUCAGGAGGGUGGGGCAGCCCGCGUGGUAGCUGCUUACAGCCUCGUAUGGAGCAGCCAGCGGGGAACUGCCAGCCGGGCCCACACAGUGGGGGCUGGACUGGCGGGCUUCAUCCUGGGGGUUCUUGCAGCAUCCCUGACUCUCCUGCUGAUUGGUCGGCGUCAACAGCGACGGCGUCAGAGGGAACUUCUGGCUAGAGAAAAGGUGGGCUUGGACCUGGGGGCCCCACCAUCCGGGACUACAAGCUAUAGCCAGGAUCCACCCUCUCCCUCUCCUGAAGAUGAGCGGCUGCCCCUGGCCCUAGCCAAGAGGGGCAGUGGCUUUGGUGGCUUUCCUCCACCCUUCCUGCUUGAUCCUUGCCUGAGCCCAGCCCACAUUCGGCUAACUGGGGCUCCUCUGGCCACGUGUGAUGAAACAUCCAUCUAGGGCUGGGCAAAUGACCACUAGUGCAUGAGUGACCGCUGGAAUAGAAUGACCAUUGAGACACUGGGGCCUGGAAGAUCAUCAUGGCCUCUGGGUUCUCUUUGGCCUCUGAGUGAUCACUUGACUUCAGUGUCUGUCCUCUCUGAGCCUGGAUGGGUUCUGGGCCAGGCCAUUGUCUGAGUCCUGAUUCCUGAUUCCCGUGAGAGAUCAGAACUUCUUUCUUCAGUGAAUCAGGACUUUUCCCACCCCUGCCUUCUGAACCCCUGUGACCCCUUCAGUCCUGGCCCACUAUCUUGGGCCCAUUAGUUUGGAAAUGGGGCACAGGACAUAGCUAUGACGUUGCUUUCUGGUUGGACCCUGGCCAGAGGGGAAGCUGUGGAGGUGGUUGGUGGUUGGGGGCUAAUGUGCACUGAGUCCUUGGGUGGUUUUGCUGAUUCUCCCAGUUUGUCUGAUUCUCUGUGGGGACUGCAUGAUCCCCAUGUUGCAACAUGGAAUCUCUGCCCUGAGAUCUCCCUCCAUCCCGGUUUUCCUUCUUCCAUGAAAGAGCAUGUGUACAUAUGAGUGUUCAGGAGACCUGGCCAAAUGUGCAUGAAUGACUGGGUCGAUACUCAGGUAUAUUCAUGGGGGGAGGUUGGGAUGGGGGCAUUGCCUGUAGAAUUUUAGACCCUGUAGCCAGUGAAAGAAUGGCUCUUCUUUCUAAAAGGAAACAAACCACUGCUCCUCCCCAUCACCUCCCACAACCCUUCUCUCGAGUACAGAAAAACUCCCAAAGUGACCUUCUAGAUGGGAAGGGCAGUGGUACCCAGUCUUUCUUUGUUUUUGCCUCUUGGCUGCCACCACUGCCAUGAACAGCUGCUCUUUCUCUGGCUAGAGUGUAGGCUGGGCCCCCUUUCCUUUGGUUCUCACUGAAAAUAAACUUCACAACAUUCUAAAUAUUAGGGGACAACAAAAAGGGAACAGUUAUGGGAAAUACACGCAGCAUAAAAAUAGGUUUGUAUCAGUGACUUUACUCAGGUUGACACCCUUGCCCUAAAGCAGGAGUUCUCUACUGGGGGGUCCACGGACUCCCUGAAAUUGUAUGCAAAACGUUGUCUGUACAUGUGUGCCUGUGUUUUUCUGGGGGGAGGUUUUAUGGCUUUCAUCAGAUUCUCAAGGCCUUAACAGAGUUAAAGGACCACUGCCCCAAGGACACCACAUCAGCAGCAGCUCUCCCUGCCCCACCCCCGCUGCCCUGUGGCCAGCCCUUGGACUUGCCUCUGCUGGAUGCUGUCUCGUUUCUCCAGUCCCUGGAAGCUGUGCUCUGUGUAUAUUUGAAGACACUGUCAACUCUCACCAAACUUAGACACUUCUUCCUGCUUCACAACUCCCGGAUGCUUUAGGCUUCUCCUGCUCAGUUCUGGUCUUGGCCUGUGAAUGUGCCUCGUUUGUCCCUGGUGAGGGGCCCCCUUGAGCUCCAGUGAAUGAUCCAGCCCUUCCCAGUUGAAGUUUUCAGCUCCACUUUUCUUGGCAGCAGCCUGUGAACUACUCAAAAGAGUCCCCUUGGGUUUGGAAUUAUCAGUGGCUUUGCCCUAAUAAGCAUAUGAUCUUUGGCCAGUAAUCUAAUCUGGGAACAUCCGUUUACUCAUCUGUAAAGUGGGGCUAGUACUACCUACCUCAGGGUUGCUGCGAGGAUUAAAUGAGAGAACGUGUAAACAAUAAAGCACUAUCUAUUCCAGUA